GGGGCGGGGUCAUUCUGCAGGCGGGCGGAUGUGAGAGAGGCACCGGCUUAAUAAGCAGGCCAGCUCGAAGCAGGACGCAGCAGAAUCUGAGAACGAACCGAGAAGAGCAGAGUUUUAUACGGACGCGUUUUACCGGCGACUUCUACAUUCAUCUUUUCUGGAUUUGAGCAGUAUCCCUUUGGAUCUCCAGUCUCAAGGAAUGCCCAGGGAGCUGACCCAGAACAGGAUCCAGAAGAUAUGGGUUCCCACUAAGGAUGGCAAACCGGCAGCACGGAGAGGGGCCGGUGCGCCUCACUUCGCCAACCCCCCCACGGUGAUAGUGAUGGUGGGCCUACCAGCUCGAGGGAAGACCUACAUAUCCAAAAAACUCACCCGCUACCUCAACUGGAUCGGCAUGCCCACCAAAGUCUUUAAUGUAGGAGAGUAUCGCAGGGAGGCAGUCAAAAAUUACAGCUCCUAUGACUUCUUCAAGCCUGAUAAUGAAUCUGCCUUCAAAAUCAGGCAACAAUGUGCCUUAGCUGCCCUGCGAGAUGUCAAAUCUUACCUAAAGGACGAAAAAGGCCAAGUUGCUGUGUUUGAUGCCACAAACACGACUCGGGAAAGGCGCGAUCUUAUCCUGAAAUUUGGCAAUGAGAAUGGUUUCAAGAUAUUUUUCAUUGAAUCUGUUUGCGAUGACCCCAACGUAAUUGCCUCUAACAUUAUGGAGGUGAAAGUGUCUUGUCCCGAUUAUAAGGACUGCAACAAGACAGAUGCCAUGUUGGAUUUCCACAGGAGAAUUGAGUGCUACAAAUCCAGCUACCAGCCCCUAGACCCUGACGGAUAUGACAGGGAGUUGUCUUUCAUCCGUAUUAUUGAUGUUGGCCGUCAGUUCUUGGUGAAUCGUGUCCAGGAUCACAUUCAGAGUAAGAUCGUGUAUUACCUGAUGAACAUCCACGUACAGCCCAGAACUAUUUACCUGUGUCGUCAUGGAGAGAGCACUGAUAAUGUGCAGGGGAAGUUGGGCGGAGACUCAGGCCUGUCUACACGUGGGAGACAGUUCUCCAUGGCCCUCUCUCAGUUUGUGAAGGAGCAGGAGCUGAAGAAUCUAAAGGUUUGGACCAGUCAGUUGUGCCGCACCAUUCAGACAGCAGAGCACCUGGGCAUCCCGUACGAGCAGUGGAAGGCCCUGAAUGAGAUCGAUGCUGGUGUGUGUGAGGAUAUGACGUAUGACGAGGUUAAGGAGAAGUAUCCAGAGGAGUUUUCCUUGAGAGAUGAAGAUAAAUACUACUACCGCUACCCAGCUGGAGAGUCAUACCAGGACCUGGUGCAGCGUGUGGAGCCCGUGAUCAUGGAGCUGGAGAGGCAGGAGAAUGUUCUGGUCAUCUGCCACCAGGCUGUAAUGAGGUGUCUGCUCGCUUACUUCCUCGACAAAAGUGCAGAUGAGAUGCCGUACCUGAAAUGUCCGCUGCACACAGUUCUGAAGCUCACGCCUGUGGCCUAUGGCUGUAAAGUGGAAUCCAUUUCUCUGAAUGUGGAGGCAGUCAACACUCACCGCGACAGACCUGAGGAGGUGAAGAGGGUUCCUGGGAUCUUGCAGAGAAGGAACAGUGUGACCCCACUGACCAGCCCAGAAUCCAACAUUAAAAAACCCCGCAUCGAUGACCUGGAUGAAGCUCCUAUCCAGGAACUGCCCCCCUCCGUGGCAUCACUGGCCCUUUGCAGCCCCUCUCACCUCCCCCUGACACUGGCUGGACAGCACUGGCUGGGCAAAGUCUGUCUAAGCUGAGAAGAGACUCUGGUCGCCGUGACGUUCAAAUCUGCAAAUGAUACAGGCUCUUCUCUGGCCCCAGACAAGUCUUACAAUACAUGACACACUCUUUACCUUUACCACAAUCAGUUUUUGUAAUAAUGUUGGUCAUCUCAUAUUUGUGUGAUAUUUUUGUCUUUUCACUUGAAAUUUUAUUUUAAUUCAAUAUUGACUGAACUUGAGUUGAGUAAAUGUAUGUAUGGACACAUCUUGUUGCUUGUUACACCAGUGUGGAAUAAUCAACCUUCUAGAGAAAUUUCAAGUCACAUUCUUUUUGACUUUCUGAUGAAAGCAGUUCUCUUUUUUUAUAAUUUGUAUGUAAUGUCUAUCAAUGAUAUGGAUACUAUUUUGUCCUGAACUCAUUGGUUGAUGUUCCUCAAAACAGUGACUCUUUUGCACAGAGGAGGUAUGCAAGUUUUUGCCAAAUAGUGCCUGUAGAGCUUGGUCUGCAAGUCUAAAGCUGCUUCACUUGCAACUUAAUCCAGUUCUCAUCUCACUUCUCAUUUUACUUUUGUGUCAACAUAAUCUCAUUUUUCAUGUAUUAAAAUUAUAUAUUUUGUUAUAGAAGAUUUACCUUAAUUUUCUUUGCUGCCACUGUCGCUACGCACAAAGUCCUUAUUUUUGUUACAAAGAAGCGUGCUGAUAAUAAUAUUAAUACAGCAUUGUGUGAGGCGUGAUACACUACACUGGGAGAUGUGUUGAAUGAUGGAAAAUGAUUGUUGCUUACUAUGUUUUUGUACUUUUAUGUUGGGACUGAAUGAAAUUAAGUUCUGUUGACAUGUUUGCUUGAGAUACUUGAAAAUGUUUUUUUUGUAAAAUUUAUUUAUUUAUUAUUAAGUAGUUUUUGAAUAGAUGUACAGAAAAACAGCACCUUGUUGAACCUUUCCAGUAUGUUGUACAUUUUUGCAUCUGCUGGACCAAAUAAAACACUCCAAGGAAUGC